AUGAGACUCCACUUACCGCUUUCUGUUCUCCUCCUCUCUUUGACUUUAAUACCAAAAGCAAGGACUGGCCUUAUUCCAGGACAAAAACAAUGUAUUCGUCUGCAAGGGGUGUGCAAAGACGGAGGAUGCACCACCACAGAGGAUACCCUUGGCGUAUGUAACGAGGAAAAAAAAUGUUGUAGAAGGUGGUGGAUACUUCUUCCCUAUCCAACGCCAGUUCCCAAAUCAAAGUCUCCUUGA